AUGGCACAAUUCAUCCCCAACCUCUCUUCUGAGUCUCUUCUAGACAAGGUUGUCCUGAUCACCGGAGGUUCCAACGGCAUCGGUGCAAGUCUAGUACGACAGUGCCUGGAAAAUGGCGCCAACGUUUGUUUUGGAGACCUUGACAACAUCACCGGUGAGCGUUUAGUGAAGAAGUGCCUUGAAGUGUUCCAUCCGGCGGAAGAACACCAGGCUCCCCGAGUUGUUUUCCAGUCAACCGACGUCACCAACUAUGAUUCGGUUUUGGGUCUGUUUGACCUGGCCUUCGAGACCUACAGUCGCAUCGACCACGUCGUCUCGGCGGCUGGUAUCGUGGAGAUUGGCAACUGGUUCGAUUUCGGUCUCACGCUGCAGACAGUUCGCCAGAAACCCACCCACAAGGUGCUGGAUGUUAAUCUUCUCGGUUCCAUGUAUGUCUCGCGCAUUGCCUCGGUCUAUCUUCGCCACAAUCGUGGCCCGGAUGCCGACCGAUCCAUUCUGCUCUUUUCAUCCGUGGCCGGGUUCAAAGAUAGCCCAUCCUUGUUUGUCUACCAGGCAUCCAAACAUGGUGUGACUGGCCUUAUGCGCUCGCUGCGCAGCUACAUCUCGUCCCCGUAUAAGCACAGCCUGCGGGUUAAUACUAUCUGCCCCUGGGUGACCGAGACCGACACUAUCAAGAAGAUCGAGCAGAAGUGGAAGCAGGCCAACCUGCCAACCAACAGUCCCCAAGAAGUUGCGACUGUGGCCACUGGGGGCCGAGCCUGGGAAAUUGAAAAGAAUAUCAACCGGCUUGAAACCCAGUGGCUGGGCGAGGCACCAUCCAAGGCUUUGGCAAUGGGACAGGAGCUGCUUGAUGAUGGAGCCAUCUGGACCGCAACUCUUCGCAAGAAGAGCAUUAUUUCGAGCGGUGUUCCGCCCGGUGUUCCGACCAGCAAGCUUGAGAGCAUUCAGAUCGGCGUUGGAAAAGAACAGGUGAAUGGCCAGACGAACGGACUGGUUAACGGAGUGCACUAG